GAUGGACAUUGAUGCUGUGCCAGUUAGGAAGGCUUGUACUGAAAUGCUGAAACGUGUGACUCGCCAACAACGAUACAGGCUCAAGAAAGAGUAUUUUGACCCUCGCCCACUCCAUUUGGUGACGAGAACGUCUCCUGUCCCCUCGAUGACUGAUGAGCAGUGGAAUGAGCUAGUGGAAAGCUGGAAGGAUCCCAAAAAGAUGGGGAUAUGUGAAACUAACAAAAAUAAUCGAGCUCAAGUUAAGUUUCACCAAACCACUGGCUCGCGCAGCUACCCUGUGCACUGUGAUAAUCUGGGAGACAAAUACAAAGAUAAAGAACCCACUGCAUUGGAUUUGUUCAAGGAGUGCCACUACAGCAAGAAAAAGAAAAGCUACAUCGCUGUUGUCCAAGCUGCAAUUACCGAGAUGGAAAACAAGGCCUCUCAGCCUACAGAAGAUGGACAGGAAUCGAACUCCGCGACCGAGGCUGUAGCUGAAGUGCUUGCUAAGCACACCAAGAAGCCAAGGUUUCUUCAGCAUGUGGGGAUCCAGUAUGUCCAUGCGUGAUCUAGCGAUAGCAACUGUCAAGCAGAAUUGGCAAAGAGGGGCAAUGUCGAGCUUUGGGCACUUGUUGACACCUUGACCAAGCAGUUGAAGGAGUCCGAAGAAGCAAGGACCACGCAAGACGAGGAGCACAGGAAGAGAGAUGAGGAGAACAGGAAGAAGCAAGCUGAGAUGGAUGCAAAACUGGACUUUUUGCUAAGUCAGUUGCAAGCAAGAUCAGCUCAAGGGUAAGUUGUUUGUCCAAGAUCAGCCGUCAUCUCUACUUGAUGCAUGGAAGCUAUCUGAAUGUGAUAUACUGCUAGAACCUACCUUCUUAUUUUGUAAUGAUUUUGUUGUGCAAACUGCACACUGUUGGAUGCAAACUGGUUGCAUUUUGCUGCUCCAUUGUUGGUGGAUUUGGAGAUGUAAGCUCAAUGUUACUAUGCUUUGUGAUGUUGUUCUUCUUUUAUGUAUUUGUGAUGGAUCUGGAGAUGUAAGCUCUUAGGCUUGGAAACCCAUUUUGUGUAGAAACAAAGAAGGGCUGGGUUGGGUAGAGUAAACACUAAUGGGGCGAAUAAAGUGGGCCUCGAAACACACUUUCUGGCUAAAAAAAACACAAGUGCCGCAUAAUU